UAUAGUGCUUUCAGAGUUUGAUUAAUUUGGUGGUGAAGCCGAGCAGUACUGGCACCGGAGAGGAAGCUCUUGCUUCCAGCCAGGUCUGCGGAGCUUCGAUCCUGAGGAAAGCAUGGCCCUCCCGUCGCCGGCCGGCAUCGCGAAGCCCGGGCUUCACCUGCUCUUUAACCACAAACGCGCCAGCUCGUCCGUCACUUGCUGCAGCUACAACGGGCGGUCAUCUGAGCCCGGGGACGGAGCGGCGCCGUGCAUGGACGCCGUCGACUGGCGCUCGUUCCGAGCGAAGCUCGUUCUGAAAGAGCAGUACGCGAAGAGCGUCAACCCGGCGGCGGCCACCAUGCCGUCGCAACCGCCGCCGAAAAUCGCCGACAAGUGGGCGCACCCGCUGAUGGAGCCGGAGAAGGGGUGUCUCCUAAUUGCGACGGAGAUGCUGGACGGGUCGCACAUCUUCGAGCGCACGGUGAUCCUGCUGCUCUCCGCCGGGGUGCUCGGGCACGUAGGCGUGAUCCUGAACCGCCCGUCGCUCAUGUCCAUCAAGGAGGCGCAGUCCAUCUUCGCGGAGACGGACAUCGCCGGCGCAUUCUCGGGCCGCCCGCUCUUCUUCGGCGGGCCGCUGGAGGAGUGCUUCUUCCUGCUGGGCCCGCGGGAGGCCGGCGCCGACGACGUGGUCGGCCGGACGGGGCUGUUCGACGAGGUGAUGCCGGGCCUGCACUACGGCACGCGGGAGAGCGUGGGGUGCGCCGCGGAGCUUGUGAAGCGCGGGGUGGCCAGCGUUCGGGACUUCCGCUUCUUCGACGGGUUCUGCGGGUGGGAGCGGGAGCAGCUGCGGGACGAGGUGAACGCCGGGUUGUGGCGCGUCGCCGCCUGCAGCCCCGCCGUGCUCAGGCUCACCAGCGUCGUCAAGGGCGGGCUCUGGGAGGAGGUGCAGGAGCUCGUCGGAAAGAGGAGGGUGUGGUGA